AUCAGCUGUAUCUGCUGUUCUCGGUGACCGCAGGCAGCAGUAUGGCGGCGCCCUGAACACACGCUGUAAACUCUCGCUAACUCAGAGACCCAGAGACAGCGGGCUGUGGCUGUGUCCACGCGGAUCAGCGCUCUCCUGCGGGCGGACAGGACCCGGGCGGGACCGGAGCGGUGAGGGAUGGCUCUGCGGGGCUGUGAGAUGUUUGUGAGGCGAGGUCUUCAGUCGGCCGGUCGCGUGUUUCUGCUGGAAAGCGCCUCUCCUCGCCUUCAAUCAGUCUUCCAACCUGGAACCAGAAGAAGAGGUGGAUUCCUUGUGACUCCAGCCAGUUAUGUGUCCUCUAGUGCAUUUCUGGACAGGCUGAAGAAAGGAAAUGUGGUUAGUGCUGAUCAGAAAACCUCCCCGCAGCCCAUACUUCCAGAUGAAGCUGAGCAGUUCUCUCUGUUGAUGCGGACUCCAGAUCAACCAGAAAACCCCAGGUGUCUCAGAGUGGCUGUAAUCGGGGCUCCAAAUGCAGGGAAAUCAACCUUAACCAACCAGCUCCUCGGCAGGAAGCUUUUUGCAGUCUCCAAAAAAGUGCAUACUACAAGAUCACGUGCACUUGGAGUACUCACAGAGGACGAUACCCAGAUUAUUCUGCUGGACACACCUGGCCUUACUACUCCUUCCAAAGUUAAAAGACAUCAUCUGGAAAAGUCUCUUCUUGUGGAUCCGCUGGAAUCAUUACAUGAGGCAGAUCUAGUGGUGGUGUUGGUGGACGUCUCUGAUAAGUGGACCCGCACUAGGCUGGAUUUUGAGGUGCUGAAGUGUUUGGCUCUGAAUCCACAGAUUCCUGCUGUUCUUGUCCUUAAUAAGGUGGACCUGCUGAAGAACAAGCCCCUGCUGCUGGACAUCACAGCCGGGCUUACCGAGGGCGUGGUGAACGGUCAGAGGCUGAAGGUCCGCAGUGUGGUGAAGCCGUCUCAGAGGGAACUGGAGGAGAAGCGGCUCCAGCAGAAAGCUGCAGCGGAGGCCCAGACCGCAGAGGAAGAGUGUUCAGACCUGGAGACGCAACCCCACAGAGGCCUGAGCAGAGAACAGCUGAGGAACCUGAAGAACCGCAAAGGGUGGCCUCACUUUAAGGACGUGUUCAUGCUGUGCGCUGCAGACGAGGAAGACGUGGACACACUGAAGACGUAUCUGAUGACGUGUGCUAAGCCAGGCCCGUGGCAUUACCACAGUGACGUCCUGACAGACCAAAGCCCACAGGACGUCUGUGUCAACGCCAUCCGGGAGAAGCUUCUAGAAUACCUUCCUCUGGAGGUUCCAUACAACAUAUCUCAGCACAUCGAGCUCUGGAGAGAGACGGAAGAUGGCAAGUUGGACAUAUCUGUCAAACUACAUGUGAAGAAGAACAGCCAUAUGUCUAUGGUGAUUGGUCCUGGGGGUGAGAUGAUGGCCAAGAUAGUCCAGGAGGCGGGUCAGGACCUCACGAGCGCUUUCAUGCAGGAGGUGCGGCUGAAAAUAUCCGCUACUCUGAAGAAAUGAGAACGGUUUAGCUAUCCAAGGAUCAAGCUUUGGUCCAUGUGAUGAACAGGAACUUUGCCCUGUUUUAAAGGACACCAGUGGACAUUACAGCUACAGCAUUCCUGGUCCCUGUAAAGAAGAGUGAUGAUGAUAGAAUAGAAGUAUUUGGUGCAGAUUAACAAGAACCUAUUGGCACAAUGAUGAUGAUGGUUAAUGCCAGGUGUGGGUAUAAACUAGGGCUGCACGAUAUAUCGUGUAAGCAUAGUCAUCACGAUGUGCACAAGCUCAAUAGACAUAUCGCAGGACGUGUGAUGUCACUUAAGGCAAUUAAAUCAAACAUGUCAUGUUGCAAUGUUUUGAUUCUUGAUACAAGAAGUAGAUACACAGCGCUGUCUCUGUGUCUGUGUGAGUGACAGGUUGCUGCUGCCUGAGAAGCGCGAGGAGGGAGGGGCAGGAGUAAACACAAGGUAACUGCAUGGCCUCCAUCCACAUGGUUGGGCACAUGCUUGUAAACGUGGGCUUGUGUUGAAAGCUGUGCACCUCAGUCCAGCACAGUUUUACAGUACAGAUAUUUCCAGUUGCAGCUGAAUUCACGCUUUUAAUCCCAGAAAAUGCUCUUAUUUACCUUUUAAAAAGCAAUUUAAAUGCCUGAUUAAAGGGCUGAUUACUGUUGUUAUGCAGUUUUUCUCGGAUUUUGAGUUGAGCUCGGCGCUGAAUCAGCUAUUGAUCGGUCUUUGACGCGAGAUAGCAAGAGGGUGGGGGGCGGGUCUGGUAACAUCAUGGACCCUGCACUGUUUAAUAUAGUGAUAUAUAUCACCAAAUAAAGAACAUUUGCAAUGUAAAUUUUUUCCAAUAUCGUGCAGCCCUAUUAUAAACUACUAGAGCGGUAUAAAGUGCAGUAUUGCCAUGCAGUGUUGAGCUGUAGGGCAGUGGAACUGUGUUCUCUGGAGUGAUGGUGCUCUUGCGUUCAGUACUUUUGGGAUGAGUUAGGCAUGAUGAGUUGGGGUGGUGAUCAUCCAACAUCCUGACUUCACUAAUGCUUUUGUCACUGAAUGCAAUCAAAUCCUUACCGUAAUGAAUCCAAGAAAUUCCCAAAUUCCAGUAGAAAGUCUUCCCUGGGCUCCGAGUGGUCCAGUGUUCUGAAGCGUUGUCACUAUGAGUGGGAGGUCGCAGGUUUGAACCCCCACUCAUGCAGCUUUGCCAUCAAGCUGCCGGCACUCAGAGGGAGAACAAUUGGCCCUGCUCCCUCCGGGUGGGUAGAUGGCGCUCUCUCCCCACAUCACUCCUAGGUGAUGUCCACAGCACAGGACAUCUGUGAGCUGAUGUAUCAGAACCGAGUCGCUGUGCUUUCCUCCGAGUGCGCUGUGAUGCUGCUCCGCAGCUCAAAAAAAAGUGAUGGCUGACUUCACAUGUAUCAGAGGAAGCAUGUGGUCAUCUUCACCCUCCUGGUGUGUUGGGGCAUCACUAGUGAUAGGGGGAGUCCUAAUCAGUGGGUUGGGUAAUUGGCCGUGUAAGUUGGGGAGAAAAUGGGAAAAAUUAGAAAUAAAAUUAUUAAAAAAAAGAAAGUCUUCCCUGGACAGUAGAGGCAGUUACUCCAUCAAACGUAGGAUAAACUCUCUUUAAUAACCUUGAUCAGGUCCAAUCGCUUCAUCUGGUGAGUCUGCAGCUAAUUCAACACCACUGAACAAUUCUGGAGAACAGUAACUGCCAGUUCUGCUGAGUCAUCUAACAAGAGCUCAUAUUGCUCACAUUGGAGAGUCAUUUCAGAAACCCUCAAGCCAAUUAUGCCUUUUCUAACUUCUGACUAUGGAUAGCUGGAUCACCACCAAGCAUGGAGCCUGUGAUUGGACCUCCAGAUAUUUGGAAGUCCAGAUUUACACUGGUCAUUGAUUGGAGAUCUGUUGAUCUGUCUGGAAGAUAGGGGUCUGCUUUUUUGUCCUGUGGCUCGAAUGUUAUCUCUAAAAACGGUUCAGACUGUAACGGUCACUUCUGCACAAUUAAAGAUUCACUCUGAACUUAAACUGCAAUAUGUUUUUCGGCUGACAGUAGGGGUGUAACUUAUGAUUAUUUUGGUAGUCGACUAAUCUGGUAAUUUUUUUUUUCAAUUAGUCGAUCAGUCGUUUAGUCAAUGUAAAUGUCUAAAUGUUGUUUAAACGUGGAAAAUACUGAUAUUUAGUGUGUUAGCAUGUAUUAGAUCUGUUGUAUUUGAGCACUUUCAGAGAGACAGACUCCAAAGUUAAGUGUAAACUGUGUGAGUGAGCCAUUUACCCCCAUUUAUUUCCCACUGUGUUUCUGCCCCAGCACUUUGUAUAAAGCAGUACUGUUACAAAUUGAUUUAAUUUAAAUAACCAUCAUUGUCGAUUAUAUCGACUAAUCGUUGCAGCCCUAAUUGAAAGUCUUCUGGAUUUGAUAGCAGUUGUAGACCUAUAAAAAUAGCUUUAAAGCAGUGGAAUACAUCAUGAGUAUGUCCACAGAGUUCCAGUGGCUCAAUUAAAAUGGCUAAAGGUUUAACAUUCUCAACAUGCACAGUUCAAGCCUUCAACAAGUCAGUUAUCUUGAUCAGUUUGUAGAUCAUUAACAAUAAUUCAGAAUAACUGAAUGUAGUAAAUAUUUGUUAUUUUUUUUUUUUUUUUUUUUACUAUUGUCGAACCAUUUUUAAAAGGUUCUUGAAAGAACUAAGUACGGUACAAUAGGUUCUGUGUUAUGGAGUAGAACUGUUUAAUACGUUGUUAUAAUUUGUCUUCGUCAUAUUUGUACUAGAACUAUUUGCAAAUGGUGGUUUUGUUCAGUUGAGAUUUUGUGGAUAAUUAACGGUCAUGGUUUCUUUUUUACAGUGAUGGGUUUUUAUAAACAGUUGACUUUCAGAAGAUAUUGAAAAGAAUUACAAAUAAAAGGUUGUGCAUAGUGGAUAAGCAUAAAGCUCCCAAAUGAUUCUAGAAGGCAUCAAAAACACUUUAGUCUAUAUGAGCGUUGGACUUCUAAUCUAAAUGAAAUUAGAAAUCUAAUUUGGCCAAUAUUCUGCUGACCUUCUCAGAUGUGUUUUAUCACCUGGUUCUUGUCAAUACACAAACCUGCUUAACUAAACAAGCAGAAUUUGAACACUUAGCUGCCUAGUUUGGCUGUUGGACACUCUCUACCCAGCCCAUGAUGUUGGAUCAGCUGCACCAUAUUAUACACACAAACACACACUCUCUCUUUUUCUCUCUCUCUGUCAUUAUUCCCCCCCCCCCCCACCCCUCCUUACUUUUGCUGUGUCAUGCUUUCAGAGUUCAUUGAGGAUAACUAUGACUAUGGCGGAGCGUUUUCACAAAUUUAUAGAUUAAAAUAAAGCUGAAUGCCACCAUAUAUUACAUUCAUCAUUUAUUGAGUCCAACGGUGACUAUGACAAGCCAUUUGUAUUGAAUAAUUAAUAAAGAAAUAAUUAAUUAAAGAAAUAAAGCUAAA